AUGCAUGGUUGCGGAGGUGAUAACGAGCAGGUAGUCGACAACAGUGAUAUGAUUGUUGCUGAUUCAGUAGAGCCUAUUGCAGGCGAAUCGGAAGAACGUAAGAUUCGGUAUCGGAGCUUGUCGAAGUGUGGUGGCGAAAAACUUUCGAUUCUAGAUGAUUCAGUUACAAUCCAGGAAUAUCCAUCUGGUGUAGUUCGACGUAGACUUACGGCAGAUUUUACUUUGCUAGAUGCAUUUUGGUGUGAAUUUCCGAACACUUCUGCUGAUAACGGUCCUUUGCAUGGUGUUUGUCUUAUUGGACACAAAAAUCUUAUAUUCGCUUCUGAUACUGAUUGGAUUUCUUAUACAAUUACACUGCCAUUCAUUGUAAAACGCGUAUUUCGAAGUGCCUUAGGCUUGAUUUUGCAACGAACUGCUCCAUUACCAUCACUGAUUGCAAAUUUCCCGCAUUUGUUCUCAUUAUCACAUCCAUACUGCGAAAUAUUACCAAUUAUAUCAAAAAACAAAGAUACAGAGAGUUCUUCACAUUAUGUUUGGGAUAAUACCGAAGUAGCAUUGUUGGAAGCAUUAAAUGAUUGUCAGCUUUUAUUAACUUACUCGACGACUGCUCGAGUUCAUUCGCUAUAUUGGAUACGAAGAGCAACAAAAGCAGAGUGGAAAUGUGCAGCAGCUAAGGCAGAAAGUGUUGUUUCAUGUAAUACAACACUUACAGCUGCUGGUCGAUCAAGUCAGUUAUCAACUCCGCAAAUGGGUAACCAAUCAAGACAUCGUUUUGGCAAGAAUGAUUCCUUUGCUGAUGAGUCAUGGGCGACACCUCAAACACGAUCAGUUCGUACACGAUCUAUGACUGCAGCAGCAGCACUAAUACAAUCUUUACCUUUCCCGACUACAAGUCCCGCUCAGCGAUCUUCUGCAAAUUUAAUCAUAAAGUUGGAAGAAAAUUUGGAAACUAAUGUGAUCUUUUUUUGCAGUCGAUCAGUCACAGAUUCGCCAAUUUUACGUUUGCGAGGAGGAAGUACACAUACUACUCCUCGCCUUAGUUCGUUUUGUGAUGAUAGCAUUAUUUCGUUGAUUGAAACUCGUGGUUCAGAACUCGAUCUUUUGGCACCGGAGAUUUGUAUGGAAUGUAUAUGGACGGAACGUCGUCAGGCAGAUCCUGAAACAAGUGGUCCUGCAAGUACUUCAUUUCUUACCCAAGAUUUCAUUGGUCAGAUGUAUGUAUGUUUUUACGUAGCAGAGCAAAACCUCUUAAAAUGUGUUCGAGGAAAGAUGCAUGAUGAAGGACGAAUGACUAUAAGUUCCUUUACUACAAUUCCGUGCAAAGGAGCUGCAGAUAUUAAGGGACGCAAAAUGAUGGCAGUAAUCGAUCUCGAUGGGGCUGUGAUUCUUUACAGUGGUAUUACUCGUAUUGGUGCUUUAUAUGGGAACUAUGAAUUUAUAGACUUUAAAGAAUCUUUUGCAAACAGUCAGAACGUUGAAGAGAACAUGGGUACUUGCGGUCUAUCAAUAUGUGCUCCAGUUGUUAAAUUGCAUACUGCCUUUUCAGGCCAUCUAAUUUUAGAGACACUUAAACAUGAACUGGUGAUGUGCAAGCUGCCGUCAAUUGCAUCCUCACCUUUUGUUGCUGAAUGCCUCUCACAAGUUUGUUCAAAUUUACCUCUGGAUAAAGCAAUAAAGCUAUCAUCAUCCUGGUGUACCAGUAACACUUCUCAUCUGUUAGAUCACUAUUAUAAUAAUCGCGUUGCUGCAGAAGUUACUAUGUUGAUACAAUUCCUUUUUGCUCAAUGCGGACUUCAUAUCCAGGACUUCCCAGUUUUUCGCGAAAUAAGUUCACUACGAAGUCGCUGUGAAGAAGAAAUUCAUAAAAAAAGGAAGCGUAUCGGACAUUCUAAGCAUAUUGGAGCUUGGCAGAAAAUGAAGCAUCUCUGUGGCAGCCGAUGGUGGAGUUUUGAUAACGCAGAAAAUAUUGCACCAAAAUAUUACAGCGUUUCAGUCAAUGAUGAAAGCAAUUUUUAUAGUUAUUCCUUGGCGAUAUUUUCCGGAUUACAUGCUAUUUAUGAAUCGGCCAAAUUGGAUAGGCGCACGAUUUCGUUGCUGUUUAUUUUAGCAUCUUCACUACAUGCUUUUGCGCAGAUUUUUGACUUAAAAAGUUACGGUGAUUACUACAGGAAAGACUUUUCUGUAUUGUCGAAUCAAAAUUUCAGAAUUUCAGAAGGUGGACGAAAAAUGCUUCAAACGCUUUUGAUGAGUUCUCGUUUUUCACCGGAACGUAUACCAUCGUGGCAUGAUAAUUUGUUACGAUUUUUGGAUAGCAAGAGUCAUUUGACAUCAAUCACGUCAUCACAUUUCUUUCCACCAAUUGUUAUUACAAUUGCUGUCGGAUUGAAACGCCUGAAAAGUAUUGCCGAUGUUCAAAAAGUUCUAGGAAAAUCCUAUGAGAAAAAAUUACGCUUAACGAAGGCUGACGCGGAACAAUUUGCUAAUAUCCUGAAUGAAAAUUCUGCAGCAAUUGAAAAAUGUGAAAAAUUGGCUCAAUUGUUUAAAUUCACUAGAUCUUCACUGUUAGAUUUGCCACCAGCGGUUGCCAUAAUUUUAUGCGAAUUGCUUUAUGAGCAUUCAGCAAAAACGUUGCACUUUCUCACACCUGCAAUGUAUCAGGAAGAUCGAAGUCAUAUGCCAUCUACGGAAGAAAAUUUUCUAAUUACGCGGCGACGAUGGAAGCACGAUUUGCGAUGCAUUAAUGUAAUUCAAAUGCUUGAUAGCAGACGCCCAAUUUUUAUACCAUCAACUAGUGAAGGUCUUUCGGAAGCAAGUCAGCGAGAAAUGGCUGAGCGUCUUCUGAAAUCCUUUAGCAUGCGUAAUAUAACUCAUGCUUUUGGACGUUCAGCACUCGAUUUUCGAUCUUUUUCACCCCCUCUCAGUCGACCACGUGCAAUACCGCCACUUAAUUUACAAGGACGAUUACAUCCUACGAAUACACCAAUUGAACUACCACAAAGUGAGUUGGUCAAACCGAUGAUCAAAUGGGGAGCAUUUUACAAUGCUGUUGCCGCUGGAUUAUGUAUCGGUGAUUCGGGUAGUUUACAUCUUGAUAGUGAAUGGCUUGCGAUGAGCAUCAAUAAUUUGCAAGGGCCAGAAGCUGCCGGUUUAAUGUAUGCGUUUGGAUUGAAUGGUCAUAUAACGAGUAUGAAUUUAUUUAUGAUACACGAACUUUUGAGUAGCGGUGAUCCGGUAAUGAGCAUUGCAAUUCUGCUUGGAUGUGGUGUAAGUCGUCGGGCAACCGCUGAUGUGCAGAUGUAUAAAAUGAUGGUAACACAUUUACCAUUUAUGAUGGGUCCAACAUUACUUGAAUUGCAUAUCGAUACGAUGAUUCAAACUGCGGCACUUGUAGCACUUGGUCUUUUGUUCGCACAAUCAUCACAUAUGGGCAUCUUAAGUCAGCUAAUCAAUGAAAUAGGCCGACCUGCUUGUCCGGAUUAUGAACCACCAACUGAUCGAUAUUCGUAUUCUCUUUCUGCGGGUUUUGCUAUUGGUCUUAUUGCCUUGGGACGUGGAGAAGAUUUGUUAUCGAGUGUCCCGUUUGUAGAACAAUAUCCUGCAAUAGCAUCCAGGCUUAUCGUACUAAUGGAAGGUGGAUUGCGAUCGCUAUGUGUAUUUCCUUCGGUUACUUCCGCGGAAGGCUCUUCUUUGGGACAUACGGCUACUGCCUCGUCUUUUUCGCAGUCAAAUCAUGUUCGAGGAUCAGAAAAUGUCAAUCCACACCUGACAGCAAGUCCAGCUGCUGUUGCCUUAGGUUUAAUGUAUCUUCGAACAGAGAAUAAAUGGGCCGCAGAAAGCUUGAAAACCCCCGAAACAAUAUCAGCAAUUGAGGAAAUUCGACCUGAUCUGAUUUUGCUUAGAACACUUUGCAGACAUCUUGUUUUAUGGGAUGAAAUAACGGCUUCCAAACAUUGGGUGGAACAAUCAGUACCAUUAAUUGUGUUAAAUUAUAAGGACCGUUUAUUUAACGAACUGCCAAAAACUAAUGAUGAUGAUGAUGAAGACUUACGAAUGUUGCAAGCAGCAAUUGAUAAGCAAACCAUAGCUCAGACCUACUUGAAUGUCGUAGCUGGGGCUUGCUUUGCAAUGGCUAUUCGUUUCGCAUCGACAUGGAACUCCGAAGCUUUUAAUACAAUCUGGCAUUAUAUAAAAAUGGUUUUACCACCGGAUGCACAACAGGUUUGCAGUAAGCUGAGUCUUGCCGCUGGCGUCACGGCUUGCCUUAAUGUACUGGGCACUCUCAUUAACUCAUUGGGCAUCCUUAUGGCCGGUAGUGGAAAUUUGCAAGUGCUACGUCUUUGUCGAUUUCUUCGUACACGUAUAGCCUUACCGGAAGCGUAUCGUGACAAUACGUCGCACAGUUUAUAUGUUGCUGCAAACACAGUAAUGGGAAUGUUGAUGCUUGGUCGUGGGAGAUAUGCUUUGAAAACAGACGACUUAUCAGUUGCUGCCCUUGUUAUUUCAUUCUUCCCAAUCAGUCCUCAUACGUUGAAUGAUAAUCGGACUUAUUUGCAACCGCUUCGACUACUUUGGGUAAUUGCGGCUGAGGAACGUUUAUUAUGUUCAAUUGAUGCAGACACCGAAGAAUUGGUAGCGCUGGAAGUUGAAAUUACAUUCAAGGGAUCUAAAGUUAUAUAUCCAGAUGUUCUCAGUCUUCGUACGCCUUGUAUUAUACCUGAGCUAAGUUUGUUAAAUAAAAUCCAGAUUGGUGGGCAAGAAUAUGAAAAGCAAUUUUUUGAUUUGAAACACGAAUCAGACAAGCAAAGAUUGGAAGAGAUUCUGAAAAGGCAGCAUGGACGGAUGGUAGUAAACUAUUUAGGACAAAAGGAGCAGAAAAUUGUUGUCGCAUCAAUAAAACAAAUGUGCAAUACGGCGGAUGAUCCGAUGUUGAUGCCCAUAUGUGAGCAAAAUUUGCUCAACGCAGCGAAAAAGGAUCAAAAUUUCCGACAAAAAUUCAAUUUUAAUCUGCCGGAGACAAUUGUUGAUAUGGGAAAUAUAGAGAAACCAAAUAUGUUUGCUUUUGGAUCUUGGAUACGAAGUUUUCAGCUUGAUAAUGGUAGCAUUGCAGCGCAUGAUUAUGGUUUUUCUUUCGUUAAGGAUAUGUUCCGGAAAAAUCCGCUUCGUUUUGCGCGUACUCAAUAUGACUUGUUGGAUGCGUUUCUCGAGAGAAGCCUAUUUGAUCAAAACGACGAAUGGCCCAUACGUUCGAAUGUUAUCCCUAAUGAGCUUAUUACGUCAUUAAUGUAA